AUGCCUCCUAGAAGAAGUGUGAACAACCGUCGUAAUGAGAAUAACGAUAUCCCUAUUGAGACCCUUAUUGCUAACGCUGUCAAUACGGCUAUAGCGGGUUUGGUUCCUAACUUGUUGCAACAGCUUCAGCAAAAUAACAACAACGGACCACAAGGGGGCAAUAACAACAACGACCCUCAGGGCGGAAAUGCUAACCCUCCUGUUGCCAUUCAUGAUUGGCUUGAUCGCUUCCAAAAGUUAAAGCCAAAAUCGUUUAGUACCGCUGUUACUCCCGUUGAGGCGGAAAACUGGAUUGCUCAUAUGGAGAAAAAUUUUGAAGUGUUGGGUGUGAAUGACGAAUUCAAAGUCAGGCUUGCUAGUUACAAAUUGGAGGACGAUGCUCAUAGGUGGUGGAAGACUUUGAAGAAUGCUCGUGGAGGAGAUAAUUAUGCAGCCACACUCGCUUGGGAUGAGUUUCGUGCACUAUUCUAUCAACUAUAUUUCACUGAUGCUGAUCGCAGUGAGUAUCUAAGGGAGUAUGCCACUAUCAUGCAGGGUAAUGAUGAGCCCAUCAUGGAGUUUAAGAACCGUUUCUGUCGCUUGGUUAAUUUUCUAGGCCCGGCUGCAGGAACACCAGAGCAGCAAACCAACACUUUCAAGUGGGCUAUCUGUGACCGGGACAGGAAGUUCAUCCUAAAUCUUCGUUUUAAUGACAUUACUGAGAUAGUUGAUGCAGUCAAGAACUUGGAUAAUGACAAGAAGCAUCGCCAAAAGACGUUUGAUGAAAAUCGCAAACGACCUCAAGAAAAUAUUCAGGGCCAAUCUUCUGCUCAUCCUGGAAAUGAUCAGUCUUUGGUACCUCCAGACCGUAGGCACCGUUCUGACAAGUUUCACAACAAUCAAUCAAGAAAUGGGGGAAAUCGAAAUCAGAACCAUAGGCCCGCACAGAAUCAGGCCCCCAUGAGAGCCCAACCUUCGAAUCAACAGAACCGCGAUAUUAUUCCUCCAUGUAUCACAUGUGGGAAAUCUCAUAGAGGGUAUGUCGUCGUGCUGCAAGUCUUUGUUUCAGAUGUGGAGAGACAGGGCACAUGA